GUGUUGGUUGAGUGCAGUCAUGACUAUUAUAGUGUUUCUGAUCGACACUUCGGGCUCAAUGAACGCGAGGACACACUUCGGCGCCAGACCUUCGCUCCUCGAUGUGGCCAAAGACGCCGUCGAGAAGUUCCUCAAAUUCCGGCAAAGAGAUAUCGCCAGCCGUGGCGACCGAUACAUGCUAUUGACGUUUGAGGACUCGCCAAACAAUGUCAAAGCCGGCUGGAAGGAGAGUCACGUGGUGUUCAUGAAUGAGCUGAAGAACCUGACGGCCACUGGAAUGACGACAAUGGGUCCGGCGCUGAAGAACGCGUUCGAUCUGUUGAACAUUAACCGAAUGCAGACCGGAAUCGAUACGUACGGUCAGGGGAGGUGUCCCUUCUUUCUGGAGCCCAGCGUUAUUAUAGUGAUCACAGACGGCGGGCGUCUGACCAAUGUGUCCGGCAUUUGCGAGGAACUCAAUUUGCCGAUGCAUUCGGCGGUUCCCGGCUCUGAGCUGACCAAAGAGCCCUUCCGAUGGGAUCAGCGCCUGUUCUCCAUUGUCCUCCGACUCACGGGAACGUAUAACUCGCCCAACGAUAACAUC